AUGAAGUUUGUUCAUAGCUAAAAAUAGACCUCCCCCCACCACAGUAUUUAUGUCAUUGUACUCCACAGGUACCAUCUUGUCCUGCAAGAAACCAAUGAGGAGCGGCGGACUGUGGUUAAUAACCUUGCCAGUGUGUUCACCACGGCUGCCAACCACCUGUCCAUUGUGGAGGUCAGUCUCCAUAUUGCCUCUAACCUGUCGUUCACAAAGCAACAGGCCUCGUACACAUCUCGCCUUUAUUUAUGAAUGUAUUUUGUCCAUUGCCAUGAUAUUCCCUUUUACAAUAACAACUUGAUUUGACAAUGACUGUCUGAGCCUGAAUUUCACAUUUUGAUCAUUUCCAGAAAUUCUUGGAGGAUCAACACAAGCGAGUAGACAGGGUGUACACGGAAGCCUUCCGGGAGGACGAGGUGGACAUUCAGAAGUUGAAGGACAUGAUGGAGAGCUUCAUCACUAAAGCAAACAGCUUGUAG